CUUCGCCCCCUCCAUCCUCAACCCACUCGGCCUUGGGCACACACAUACCUCCGGAGGAGCUUUCACCUGGCGCCAUGGAUCCCAUCACGGCUAUUGGAUUUGCCGCAAGCAUCGUGACCUUCAUUGACUCCUCUCACAAGAUCAUCUGCGCGACAUCCGAAGUGCUCAGUUCCGGGAGCACAGCCGAGAAUGCACAUGUGACGGCCGUGGUCAAGGAUUUGCACGAAGCCACCCGGGGGUUCGGCGAUCGGCUCCCCGGGUACUCGAAGCAUGACGAUGCCCUCAAUAUCCUUGCUGCGGAAUGCCAGGGCAUUUGUGGUGAACUUUGUAGGCUUCUAGAGAAGGUGAAGAUCCAAGUGGGAACGUCCAAAUGGCAGAGCGUCAAGGUGGCGCUUCGUUCCAUGAGGAAAGGAGGAGAAGUCGCCCAGCUAGAGGAAAGGCUAGGGAAGUGCCGGUCACAGAUCAUAUUGCGUUUGGUACUUCUGCUCAAUGAGGAUAAACUCUCCAUCCAGGUCCAGCUCAACGCCGCGCAGUCCCAGUCGCAAAAGCAACGCUCGGAUAUCGUGGAGCAGCUCACCCGCCUUCGUGACGAUGUUUUGGGGGCGCUGGAAGUUACGGACCAGCAAAGCAACGGUUUUGUGUCAGCCAAGUUCAGCGAGCAGCUUCACCUUGUCAAGGAAGUUCGCACCGCCCUCAACAGCUUACUCACCAUGUCAACUGCCACCCACCGAAUCUGUUUCUUCAUUGAUGGCCUCGACGAGUAUGGAGAGGACAGCACGGAUAGCCUCGAUCACGAAAGGCUCGCCGAGCAGCUUCAGUCCUGGGCCGCCAAGGACGGUGUCAAGAUCCUCGUCAGCUCCCGCCCACACACAGAGUUUGAAGGGACAUUUUCGGACCAUCGGCGCAUCAAACUUCAUAAGCUCAACGAAGUGGACAUCUUUUGCUUCGCACGCAACAUGUUCGAAAACGAUAAACACUUCGCCAGGGUCCAAAACAGUUACAUGCGACUCCUUAAAACUGUAGUUGAUGACUCCGAUGGCGUCUUUCUCUGGGCUCGACUCGCUGUCCGGUCACUGAUCAUGGCCGUCCGCCGCAACAGCGCGAUUGACUACCUGAAAAGGCAGCUGAGGGCCAUGCCGAAGGAUCUGGACGAUCUCUACAACCAGAUGCUGAUGUCCGUCAGCCCUGCUGAUCGCACCACAACUAUCAAGCUGCUUCUCCUUGUGCUUGAAGCCGGCCCGGUGAAUGCCAUGGCCCUGACGUGGAUGGAUAGCCUCAAUGACGAGACUUUCCCAAUGUCCCACGAGAUUCGGCCAUAUACGGAGUGCGAGAUCCAGGAACGGCAGUCUGCGGCAGAAUCCCAACUUGACAGCCUCGGAAGGGGCCUGCUCGAGAUAUCGGAUAACCACCUUUAUAGCCAGCGGUCCUUUUUCGCCAAGAGCAUCGGCUUCUUCCAUCGUACCCUUCGCGACUUCGUCUCCAAGAACGAACAUAUCCGUGACCUCGCGGACCGGUUUCCGGACCUGGCGGCCAAAAUGAAUGGUCGAUUAUAUCUCGCCGAAAUGUGGUUUGCAGACACCAAGCAGCUGGACCGGAAAUACGGUAGUACUGUACCUAAUCCCAAGGUCUUCCCACCAGGAGAAUUCCGACGUGCGUAUCUGGAUGCUGCAGACCGGGCCGUUGCACAUCACACGACUCAGGCUGUUAUCGGCAGCACCACCGCCUUCCGAGGCACCGUCGGGACCUUUCCCUUCUUGUUUCAGCAUCCCUGGGCCAAGGAACGGACGGCAGCCUAG